CAGCAGGGCCGGGAGCAGAGGGAUUAAAGGGCCGUCAGGAGCAGCACGUCAGCCCCGCAGUCUCCGCACAGUGUUCGGUGUAGUCAUGGCCCAAGUGGACGUCAGGACGGCUGCGCAGACAGCCAAGCCCCCGGGGGUGUCCGCGGUGAAGGAGAUCCCCGAGGUCCUGGUGGAUCCCCGCACCCGGCGCCGCUACCUCCGCGGACGCUUCCUCGGUAAAGGCGGCUUCGCCAAGUGCUAUGAGAUCACCGACCUGGCCAGCCGGGAGGUGUUCGCCGGGAAGAUCGUCCCCAAGUCCAUGCUGCUGAAGCCCCACCAGAAGGACAAGAUGACCAUGGAGAUCGCCAUCCAGCGCAGCCUCUCGCACAAGCAUGUGGUCGGCUUCCACGGCUUCUUCGAGGACAACGACUUCGUCUACGUCGUGCUGGAGCUCUGCAGGCGGAGGUCCUUACUGGAACUCCACAAGAGGAGGAAGGCGGUGACGGAGCCGGAGGCGCGCUACUACCUGCAGCAGACCAUCCAGGGCUGCCAGUAUCUGCACAGUACCAAGGUCAUCCAUCGCGAUCUGAAGCUCGGGAAUCUCUUCCUCAACGAUGAAAUGGAGGUCAAGAUAGGUGAUUUUGGAUUAGCGACCAAGGUAGAAUUUGAUGGGGAGCGAAAAAAGACCCUUUGUGGGACCCCUAAUUAUAUCGCUCCUGAAGUUUUGGGCAAGAAAGGACACAGCUUCGAGGUGGACAUCUGGUCCUUAGGAUGCAUCAUGUACACGCUGCUGGUUGGUAAACCUCCCUUCGAGACGUCGUGCCUGAAGGAAACUUACUUGAGGAUUAAAAAGAACGAGUACUCCAUUCCAAAGCACAUUAACCCGCUCGCCGCCGCCCUCAUACAGAGGAUGCUCCGCUCAGACCCCACCACCAGGCCCACGAUAGAUGAGCUGCUGACGGAUGAGUUCUUCACCAGCGGUCACAUUCCCAGCCGCCUGCCCACUACCUGCUUGACCGUACCCCCACGAUUCUCCAUAGCACCUAGCACCAUUGAUCCAAGCGUUAGGAAACCCCUUACUGCUUUAAAUAAAGGCCAGGACUCUCCCAUGGUAGAGAAACCUGCACUUGCCAAGGACGAGGAUAUGGUGCCCCCGGAGUUGGCGGAGCCUGCUGACUGCUACCUGUCUGACAUGAUGGUGCAGCUCACCAGCGUCAAUGCUGCUAAACCCUCAGAGUUGGCUGAGAUUCGUCAAGAUGAAGCGGAGGAUCCGGCCUGCAACCCCAUCUUCUGGAUCAGUAAAUGGGUGGAUUAUUCUGACAAGUACGGCUUAGGUUACCAGCUCUGUGACAACAGCGUUGGCGUUCUGUUCAAUGACUCGACCCGACUGAUCAUGUACACCGAUGGCGACAGCUUACAGUACAUAGAGAGGAACAACACGGAGUCCUACAUGAAUGUGCGCUCCUACCCGUCUGCUCUGACCAAGAAGAUCACACUACUGAAAUACUUCCGAAACUACAUGAGCGAGCAUCUGCUUAAAGCGGGUGCCAACAUCACCCCUCGGGAUGGAGAUGAGCUGGCUCGCCUUCCCUUCCUGAGAACUUGGUUCCGGACAAGAAGCGCCAUUAUCCUUCACCUGAGUAACGGAACGGUCCAGAUCAACUUCUUCCAGGAUCACACCAAGAUCAUCCUGUGUCCCCUCAUGGCUGCGGUAUCGUACAUUGAUGAGAAACGGGAGUUCCACACGUACAAGCUGAGCCUCAUAGAGGAAUUCGGCUGCUGCAAAGAACUGGCGAGCCGGCUGCGUUACGCCCGCACGAUGGUGGAGAAACUGCAGAACACUAGGUCUGGAGCCGCCGUACACGUUAAGGCCUCUGCGUAGCUGGACUACAGAAAAAUGGACGCCGUCUCCUCUGCGUCGCUCCCGGGGCGCUGAAGUCUCAUGUAUGAUAGUAGGAGUCUAACACAGACCCGGGCGGCAGCAGGAGUUUUUUUUUUUUUUUUUGCCAGAACUGAGAAGUUGUGUAUUAAACUAGAUGUCUAACUUACCGGACUGUACGUUCAUUACUCUGAUCUGCAUGUGCACUUACUGUUAGUGCGGAGCGCGACUUCUGUGUAACUGGUUAUCACGAACCUGUCACUUCUCAAUGAGCCUGUCUGUCUCUUUUCAAUGUCAGGUUUUUAUGUAAAAUAUCAGAUUUAUAACUUUUGUAUAUUAAUGAGAUUAAAGUUCUUUGUUUAUGUA